UAAGUGUGACGCCUACCGUUCACUGCGCGCACUCACUUCAACAAGCUUACGCUCGCGCUGGAGCUGCCUGUUAGUGUCCAGCACCCACCAAAACAAGGAUUUCAAGGUUUGUAAUUCAUUUUAAAAAUUGGGAAAUGGCCCAGAAAGACACAGAAAUGAACGAAAAAGGAGUUUCUUCUUCUACCAGCGGAGUUGUUGUUCAAGUCAGGGAGAAGAAAGGAGCUUUACGCGCUGCCAUCCCAUAUAUGCCUUUCCCAGUAGCUGUCAUCUGCUUGUUUCUCAACACAUUUGUGCCCGGACUGGGUACAUUCAUCUCAGCCUUCACAGUUCUGUGCGGAGCGAGGACAGACCUGCCCGACAGGCACAUGUGCUGUGUGUUCUGGCUGAACAUCGCAGCUGCCUUCAUUCAGAUCGUCACUGCCAUUGUCAUGGUGGGCUGGAUCAUGAGCAUAUUUUGGGGAAUGGACAUGGUCAUUCUUGCAAUCUCUGAAGGCUACAGGGAGCAGGCCACCCCUCAGCAGCUCUGAUUGAAACCCUAAUCUUGAACGUGCACCUUUCUCCCGCGCUGUCCGGCCAACAUGCAUGGGAGCUUUGAGGCGGACCCCACGUGGCCUGGGAGAUCCAGGGGUUGAUCACAUGCAGAUUUUCAGCCCAUCUCCUGCUACUUCCUGUCCUGUCAGGUACUGCAUCAAGGGGACCUGACUGUUGAGGGACAGCAGAAAAGAAUGAACAUUCUGUGAAUAUCUCUAAAAAUUUUGCAAAACGUCUAUGUGCCGAACACAUUAUAUUCCUGUCAGGGAAAACCGAUCUUAAUCGUACUUAACUCUGUAUAGUCUUAAUGUAUGUAUUAAAUUGACCAAUAUAGAUUAUGAACAUUUUCAGUUUGUAAAAAAAAGAAAGAGGUUUGAAGUGUCCAAUAAA